GCCAUACACCACCAUGCCGGCCAUACGCGGACAGGACUCGAAGAAAAAGACGCGCCGCCAUACCCGCGACCUCGACCAGAUCCACGCCGACCUGCGCGACGAAAAGCACCUCGCCGCCUUCAAGAAUGAGAAGCCCGUAGAGGACCUGCCCGGCCUGGGCCAGCACUACUGCAAGGAAUGCGCAAAGUUUUUCGAGAGCGACGCCAACCUCGGUGCGCAUCAGAAGGGCAAGGUGCACAAGCGGAGGGUCAAGCAAUUGCGCGAAGAACCAUACUCGCAAAAAGAAGCAGAGGCUGCCGUGGGCCUCACCACCAACAACGGAACCCGCACAACCGCUCCGGCAGCCCCCAUGGAGGUCGACCACGUCGCAUCAGCUUGACCAUCGUUGCAUUUGGCUUGCCGUGGAAACGGGCGAGGUUGAAGCACGCAGGUGGUGGUGGUGGUGGUGGUGACGGUGAUGGUAUACCAGCGAUAAAAUGUCAGGAUACCAGGCAGAUGGGAUGCAUUGCACGGCGUU